UUGGUUGACAUUGACACUUGACAGGCGGUUGCUCACCACGUGUAUUUGACAAUAUUUGAAACUUUGUUUUAAAAUACACCGAAAAUGGCUAAAUUGAAACUAAAGAAAACUAAGAAACCAGAUCAAAAAGCCGAUGCCAAUACCACAAAGGAUGAAAACAUGGUUGUCCUUCCACCAGUACGAAUGUCUGAUGAUCCAUUGCCAAAACAGGUCAAAUGGAUAAAUAGGCAGCGAGUUCUAGUGUUUGCUGCUCGUGGCAUCAACCAUCGACACCGUCAUUUAAUGGAAGAUAUAAAAAGAUUAAUGCCUCACCAUAAAACUGAAUCCAAAAUGGAAAGAAGCAAAAAUCUUUAUGUUGUCAAUGAAAUUAGUGAAAUGAAAAAUUGCAACAAAUGCCUUCUAUUUGAAGGAAGGAAAAUGAGAGAUCUCUAUCUAUGGAUGUCUAAUGUCCCGAAUGGUCCAAGUGCAAAGUUUUUAAUAGAAAACAUUUACACAAUGGGCGAGUUGAAAAUGACUGGCAAUUGUCUAAAAGGGUCUAGACCACUUUUAUCUUUCGACCCACAGUUCACAAAGGACCCUCAUUAUAGUUUAUUGAAGGAGCUGCUCAUUCAGACAUUUGGUGUGCCCCGAUACCAUCCUAAGAGCCAGCCCUUCUUUGAUCAUGUGUACACAUUUAUGAUUCUUGAUAAUAGAAUCUGGUUUAGAAAUUAUCAAAUACUUUCUGAAGAUGGUGCUUUGGCAGAAAUUGGACCAAGAUUUGUUUUAAACCCUGUAAAAAUAUUUUCCGGAUCUUUCGGUGGGACAACAUUAUGGGAGAAUCCUAAAUAUGUCAGCCCUGCAAAAUUAAGACAAGCUAUGUCAAAGAAGGCGGGUAACAAAUAUGAGAGGAGAAUUGAGAAGAAGGCAAUGCAUGAAGCAACCAAACCAGAGACUGGGUAUCCGGACAUAGAGGGUGCUGACUUCUUUAAAGGAGAUCCUAUGGAGCAGGCUGAAGAGGUGGUAGUUAAAGAGGAAGUAAAUGAUGAAGCUGAUGUAAGUGGUGAUGAAGAGGUUGAUCAUAGUGAUGAUGAAGAGGUUGACGCGAGUAAUGAUGAAAUUCCAGAAACUAAAAGAAAACCCAAGUUUAAUAUGAAACUUAAUAAAACCAAGCCGGAGAAGACAAUAAGAAGAAAACAGCUCAAAGCAAAAAGCAAGGCUAUAUCAGAUCAAAUUAAGAAGAGGAAAAAUAAACAGUUUAAGAAGAAAUCUGUAAAAUCCUGAAACUUUUCAAAGGUUUUAAAUAAAUGAAAAACUCAAA